AGGGUAGUUUCAAAGUAGUUUCUUUAGAAGAAUAACGAAUUACGCCGUAAGAUGUCAGGAUUGUGUUUCGAAGGUGAAAUUGACAGUUUUUCUAUACGUCAGCAGGAAUUUCUGCGUAAAGUACUUCAAAAUCGUGGAUAUACUGAUAAUAAAGUGAUUAUAGAAACAGUAGGCAAAGCAGGUGACAAUUUCAUAGCUAAUGUAAAGAGAAUUAUUGUAGAGGAUAAAGGUGGAAGUACAUUCAAGAUGAUUGCAAAAGUAGCUCCAACCAACGAAAACGUACGCGUGCAAGUUCAAACACAGUUGCUUUUCAAUCAUGAAGGCAUAAUGUACACAGAAGUUCUUCCAAAAUUAUUGGAUCUACAGAAAUCGGCAGGCGUUCCAGCAGAAGACUGGCUAAAAUUUGCUGAAUGUUAUGGAGUAAUGUUAGACGCACCUGAUGAAAUUAUUUUUCUAGAAGACUUACAAGAUUUAAAUUUUGUAAUGCUUAGUAGAUUCAAGUCUCUUUCAAAUGAAUGCAUAAAGAUAAAUCUUAGAAAUUUCGCAAUUCUUCACUCUUUAUCAAUGGUAUUAAAGAAUCAGCAACCAGAUGUAUUCGAAGAUUUUAAUAGCAAACUUCCCGAUCAUUUCGCUGUUUUUGGCAACACACCAGAAUAUAAACAGUAUAUAUUAGGCAUAGAAAAAGAUACAAUUGAAAUAUUAGACGGAAGUAAAUAUAAGAAUGCUAUCCGUGGGACGAUAUCUCAAGUACCGGAAGUGUUUGCUAAGGUUUCAAAAAAUGAAACUAAACUAAAAUAUUCGGUUGUAAUACAUGGCGACGGAUGGACCAAUAACAUAAUGUAUAAAUUAAGGGAAGAGGUUUCAGUUCAAGCCAUAAUGAUCGAUUACCAAUUGGCAAAAGUAUCUAAUCCGGUAUGUGAUAUCCUUUACAUGAUAUUCAAUUGCACUGAUUAUGAAACUAGACGUGUCCAUUAUCAUGAUUGGAUCGCUUACUACCAUUUGCAACUGGAGAAGUCUUUAGCUCACUUCGGUUUAAAAGUAGAAUAUAUAUUUUCAAGAGAUCAACUAGAUGCCGACUUGAAGAGAUAUUCGAAAUUAUUCUUAGGUAUUACCACAUUGAUGAGUACAAUUUUGAUAAGAAAAUCCGAAGACGCUGCGAAGCUAAAAGAUGCAAUGCAAACGGAACUUGACGGGAUGGAAGAGGCAAUGGCAAAGAUGCAUAUAUCAAAAUUGGAUCGAGAAUCCAUUUUGAUAUUCAAAACAAGAAUAGAAGGAUUUGUAAAUACCUAUCGUGAACUUGGUUAUAUAGCUUGAAUUUGAAUCUUGUAAUAACUUUAUACUUUAUACAUGAUACUUAAUAUAUAAAAAUCUCGAGUCAUGAUAUUUGUUCUCCCCGUCGUCAUCGAAACUGCUUAACUGAUUUUAUUAAAAUUUUGUGAAUGUGUAUUAUUUUUCUAGAUAUUUCGAUAGGAUCUAUAGCUUUAUCCUAAUAACUGGUUUUCAAUAUUUUUACGGGACAAAAUAACGUUUAUCCGUUUAUCUAGUAUUUUCAACCGACUUCAAAAAGAAGGAACUUCUCAAUUCGGUUGUACAUUUUUUCAUGUUUAUUAUUUCAUAACUCCGUUAAGUGUAAACAGAUUUGGAAUUUUUUUUUUUAUUUAAAUGGCUAUGUUUAUAGAUGGGUAUCCUAGAUAUUUAAUCAAAAUCGGUAUAGGAGUUUAGUUUUUUUUAAUCAAAAUAACUGGUAUUGCUACAAUUGAAGUAGUUUUUUGUGGAAUACAUUUUAUUACACAAAUAAGUACUAGUACUGAAUAUCAAUAUAAUAACUCCUCAAAACAAUAAAAAUAAAAUAAUUAUCCAGUAAGUUUUUGGAAACUAAUUACUCAACAGUCAAUGCGUCACAAUGUUACUUAUUUCACAAAUACUUCAACGAUUACAUAAAAUGUCGUUAACUAAACAAAGAAUGACCACAUUUCCUGUUUUUUAAUCUCCCUACCGUUGUUUCUAGAUAACUUAUGUUUAGCGAGGUCAGAUAAUCAGGUUAGGUAUGUAUAUCUAAAUCAUUUAUGUGGUAUAGCUAUGGAGCAUACACUUAUGGUUUUUUUUAAUACAUGAUAAUGGAAUAGUAUCCCUGCCUGCGCUAAGUGAGAAUGAAAAGGCAGGCCAGUUAGCUCAUCGUGAUGGAUACACCUGGAACCACGUGGAGGUCGACCUGACAGGGUAUAUUUCCAGCAAUAGGAUUGGUAGUCCGUAUUACUAACAAUUCCUAUCCUCCCCCUACACUAUUGGUUUUAUUUUUUGGUGGAUGAAAAUGGAAUGGUAACCCCGCCUGCGCUAACGGGAUACGCUGGCGGAACACCAGUGAAGGGUGAUCGAUGAGAAUGAAAAGAGGCUAGUUAGCCCAUCAUGAUGAAUUCACCAGGAAUUAACAAUGAUAGUUUCCAGGGGGAACCGCGAGGAGGUCGAUGGGUUGGGUAGGCUGGUUGGGUAUAUUGCUAGCAAUGGGAUUCUCAGUCUCCAUUACUAACAAUCCCUUUCCCCCCACACUAAUGGUUGCACUCAUUAGUUUGUGUCGAUUAACGAAUGCAAUUUUUAAAUUUUAUUAUCAGGUGCAUUUAUGACAUAAUAAAUCUUAGAUUAGAUAUUAAUAAAUCUUAGUUUUAUUAGUAUUUUAUUCUACGCCAUAUAUUAUUAAGUAAUCCAAUUAAACUAAAAAGAGAGAACACGUAAGAGGCUUUAUCACUUUUUUAUUUAUAAUACCAUAUACCAUACAUAGAAUUUUUACUAAACUAAUAAACGUGAAAGGAAGUUUGUUUAUUUGUUACUUCCUUGGCACUUUAUCAGCUUAACCUAUCGCCAUGUGGACUAUUCGGGAUACAUUGUAAUGUAAUGUUUGUAAUAUUUAAAUUAAAAAGGAUUUAACCUAUUUAAUGAAUUCUUUCAUUUAUAGAAAGCUGCAUUAUCAGCAAAUAACAUGGAUUGUAUUUUAUUAAACAAAAAGUUGUGUAAAAUCGUGGCGGCUUAUUUAUUUAUUUAUUUAAGGAACACCAACAGCAUAUUGCAUUAUAACAUAUAGGUAUAACAACAUUAAAUACAAUACAAUAUUAAUGCACAUGCCUAUUAUAGGUAUUCACAGCAUUCACUUUAACAUAAUUAUACAGUGUAAGAAAUUUAAGUAAAUAACAAAAAUAAACAUGUAAUCUAAGUUAGUGAGCAAUAUCAGAAAAUAAGAUUAUGAGUGAAUUAAAUUAAAAAAAAUAUUAAAAAAAUAUAUAUUAUGACGAUUAGAGUUAAUUUUCAUAAGAUUGUUGUUGCGGCUUGCUAGAAAUAUAUAUUUUAAUGGUGUAUUUUGCUUUAAUUUCAAAUUACUAAUUUCUUUUUCGAACAAAAUAUUGAUACUACAUUGUUUAACAAUCAUUGUUCACUACUUGACGGAACUAAUAUAUUGUCAUUUACCACUUUCAGCCUUGUCAGCUUCCGUUCGCAAAACAACCUCUCACUUCACUAUAUAACCUUUGUUUAGUUUCGCAACUCGAUUGUUUGAGGUAACUAUGCUUCAAUAGGAAAGGCAUGCCAUAGAUUUCUUUAUACCAUAGAUUGGUCGCCUAAGAAAUUAAUAUCUUCUAGUUAAGACUAAAAAGUACUUAAGCUACUGUAUUUAUUCCCGCUGCUCUACUAGUAUUUCGUUAUUCUAUGACAACUUAUUAUUACAUUGCUGGAAAUGUCUUUCCCCAUAAUUGUUUGAGUACGUUUUUUCGUUUUUUUUUUUGGAAUGCAGUAAACCCCGUCUGCGCUAUCAGUAUACGGUGACAGGGCAACAUUGAGAGAUAGUGCGGAUGCAGCCAGCCCAGUUGGCCCAUCGUGAUGGAUUCCACGAGAAUUAACCAUAAAUGGUUUCAGAGGGAAUCUAGUGGAAAUAGAUCUAACACGGUAUUUUGCUUGUAAGGGGGAUUAAAAAUGAGGAUAUUAGCAAAAUUUUACUAUGCUUAUCGGUGUAAUGUAAUCAGGUAUUUUUUCUUUAGUGCUGAUACAAUGUGCUGACAGCUUGUGAUUGACAAGAAGUUUUGUAUUUUUGCUAAGUCAACAGAUAGACAAUAAUGCUCCCCCCAUCAAAACAUCUAUAAUGGAGAGAGAUAUAAUGGGAUUUAUAUGAUAUGGUUUCAUUUCAGUGACAAAGAUUUAUUUUAAGGAGCAGACAAACAAAGAGAUAAAAUUUCUAAAAAUAAUUAUUUUGGUUUCUAUUACUACUGUUAACACUCUCGUCCAUUUACUGUUAUAUUAGAAAUAAGAAUUUUCAACCAGUAGGGUUCACCUCGUCGUGUGGUCACGGCAUAGAAUUGGCCAAGCCUUUCUAUAACGUGGGUGUCGUAAGAGGUGACUAAAUUAAUUUAAUGGUCGAGGUAUGAGCUUCAGCGGCUUCUUAAAAUAUCACCUAAGCCUAACUGCGGUUGCCAACCUGGCUGCCGAGCAUAGCAACUAUUGGCAAAACCCUCUAAUAGGAGGAGGUAUAUGUUCAGCAGAGAACAGUUAACGGAUGAUAUGACAAUGAUUAUGAACAAUUUAGUUACGAUUAAAGUUACUGUAUAUGUCGACAUUUGAGUCCGUGUUUUAAAUUGAAAAUUUGAGUAUAAUGUAUCCAUAUAAAUCAUUACUAGAUUAUAUAGAACUUUACUAGAAUAUACAAAUUAACUGAUCGAAAUAAAAAAUCUGUUAGUGUUAUAAAGGAAACAAAACAGAGGGCGGUUAUUAGUACUUGUAGUAACGCAGCACGAUGCGAACUGCUGUGACCUCACGAGGUGAAUGACCCACCAAUACUAUACAACCGUGUUACAAUUACGCACGUGUUAUGCUCGUCUCAUACAUACAUACCUACCUAUACAAGGCUAUGUCGGUGCAUUCAAUAAUGUAUGUAUAUACAUAUUUGUAAUUCAUAUUUUUCAAUCAAUUUGUCUCGCUAUUCAAAAAGAAUCAAUACAGGUUUUAUUCAUGAUAUCAGACGUGUUAUGGAUACGCCAGUGUAUUCUGUAUUGCACGUCCAUGGUGUUGCACGUCUUGUCUGUAGCGAUGGUAAUUACAAGCCAUAUAAAAUACCUAUAAUAUUAUUUAUUUACUUUUUUAAUUGUUUUAUAACGUUUUAUUAUUAUUAUUUAUUCAUUCUUUCAUGCACCACUUAACGAAUAAUACACACACACAUAUGUAUAUAUAAUACAUUUAUGAAAUAUAUACAUCAUCAUCAUCAUCAUCAUAUUAAUACCUUUAACUAUCCACUGCUGAAGAUAAACCUCUCGCUUGGGGGGUUUUGCCAAUAGUUGCAACGCUUGGCAGGCGGUUUGACAACUAUAUUUAGGCUUUUAACAUGUUUUAAGAGGACCGUUGCUGUAUAUCUCUCGUCCCCCCUUAGUUGGCUCUAACGACACGCAGGGGAAAGGUAGAAGUGGCCUAUUCUAUUCAGGGACCACACAGCAUAAUGAAGUAUAAUAAUGUCCAGCAAUUAUCAUUAUUAUCCUGUUGGAAAUUACUAGUAUGUUAUUUCGCUAAGGAUCAAAAAAAGCAAUGAAACAUAUUACGUGCAUACUAAAGAAAUGAAUAUUUUUUCAUUCAAUAAAAUAAAGUAAAUCCAUCAUCCCUCUCACAAAUUGUUACGACAACCUAGUACGUUCUUCAAGAUUUAUCUCACCAUAGUUAGAAUUUGUGUAGAUGACGUACACUUAACUCGCAAAUAAAAUGUUUCUCAUCUGCAUAGGAAAUUAAUAUAUAAGUUAAAUUAUUAUUAAAUACAAUAAAACAAAGUCGCUUAUUCGCUUAUUUUAAACUAAAUUUAAUUUUGUUUUAACUGUCAUUUAUAUAUUUUCUUCCAAAAAGUUUAUAAUCGCUAAUUUGAAUAAUGGAGUAAGCUUAUCUAACGCCUGUGUUCUCCCGCGGAUGCUGAGAAAUUUCUGAUAUGCUAUCUCUGACAGAUGUAUUAUAUAUCCAAUGCCUGAUUUAGAUUAUACUUCUAGAGAUGUUUACAAAAGAAAAUUAUUAAUGUUUUGAUAGCAAAAAGAACAUUUGGCUUAUCACUGACAGCUGAUGCAUUACGUGACAAGAUUAUAUGGUUUCGGUUUUUACCCUCUUUGCAGCAAGUUUGACACUCGUACGAGACUUGUCAUCAUUGUAAUAAGCCAUUAAUGUCCCACGGUUGGGCUUUUUAAUGGACGAUGUGAUAGAAUGAUAAUUCCCUCUGCAGGAUGAUAGUUUAGGACGAAAGUAAGUCAGUUAGCCCGUCAUGACGAUUGCAUCUAGAGUUAAUCACGAUGUUAGAGGUGGACCUAACUUAAUUUACCCCCUAACAGGGUAUAUUGGAGGCAAAGGGAUUAUUAGUAAUAGGGUCUGAUCUCCCUAUAACUAGUAAUACACCGUAUCAGGUCGACCUCCACGCGGUUCCCCCUGGAAACUAUAGUGAUUAAUUCUAGUGGAAUUCGUCACGAUUGGCCAAAAGACCUGCUAUUUCAUCCUCACCUGUCAUCCCUCACUGGUGCCCCGCCAGCGUAUGCUGAUAGCGCAUUACCAUUCCAUUAUCAUAUAUAAAAAAACAGGGUAUAUUAGUAAUGGAGCUAGCGGCCUCAUUGCUGGUAAUAUACACUAAUAAGUCGACCUCAAUGUGGUUCCCCUUGGAAACAAUCUUGUUUAAUUCAUUAUGAAUUCCUCACUAUAGGCCAACUGAUCUGUUUUAAUCUUCACUUAUCUUACUGUCGCCCCGCCUGCGAAUACCAAUAGUGCAGGCUGGGUUACCAUUUUACUUUCAUUCAAUUUAAAAAAAUCUCCGUUACUGA